AUGUCAAACAAUCAAUAUCCUCAAAUGCAACAAAAUAAUGAUCAAGAAAAAAAUAUUCCGAUGAAAUUAUCGAAUUCUCAAACCUAUAUUUAUCAAGAACAAAUGCAACAAAAUAAUUAUCAAGAGCAAAAUAUUCCGAUGCAAUUACCGAACUCUCAAACUAAUAUUUAUCAAGAACAGAUGAAACAAAAUAAUUAUCAAGAACAAAAUAUUCCAAUAAAAUCACCAAAUUCUCAAACUAAUACUUAUCAAGAACAUACGCAACAAAAUAAUUAUCAAGAACAAAAUACUUCAAUACAAUUACCAAAUUCUCAAACUAAUAUUUAUCAAGAACAAAAUAUUCCAAUACAGUCACCGAAUUCUCAAACCAAUAUUUAUCAAGAACAAAAUACUCCAAUGCAAUUAUCGAAUUCUCAAACUAAUAUUUAUCAAAAACAAAAUAUUCCAAUGCAAUUACCGAAUCCUCAAAUCAAUAUUUAUCAAGAACAAAUGCAAAAAACUAAUAUUCAAGAACAAAAUACUCCGAUGCAAUUGCCGAAUCCUCAAACUAAUAUUUAUCAAGAACAAAUACAACAAAAUAAUUAUCAACAAAAUAUUCCAAUACAAUUACCAAAUCCUCAAACCAAUGUUUAUCAAAAUAUUCCAAUACAAUUACCAAAUCCUCAAACCAAUGUUUAUCAAAAUAUUCCGAUGCAAUUACCGUAUUCUCAAACCAAUACUUAUCAAAAUCAAAUGCAGCAGCAAGCAACUUAUUCUCAACCUCGAUAUGUUAAUCAAGGUCAAGUGCAGGACGUAGCAGUUUCUCCUCAAACUGGUUAUCAAAAUGUUUAUCAACCAACUCCUCAAAUGAGCAUGGUCUCAACUCAACCAAUUUCUCAGGUGCCAAAAAAUGAAUGGAAAUAUCCAUUAUUUUGCAGUGGCGCCAUUGAACUAAGUUAA